CGAUUCCUAAACGUCGGUGCCUGUCAAUGACAGCAGCCGUCAGAAAAGUGUUAGAAGACAGCAGCUGUCAAAAAACUCAAAAUUAAUUUCACUUCUCAUCUUUUUCGAAAUCAGUAAUCACCAUUUAACUACGAAAAUCAAGACACAAAGACAAAAUAAUCACCAUUUAACUACGAAAAUCAAGACACAAAGACAAAGUGAGUGAAAAGUUUUUUGUUUUACCAAAGAUCGAACAUUUUUGGUCCUUCGAACCGGAUGUGAUAACCUUUGUUGAACCUAAGUUGCGCACAGGCAAGACGAAAUACGAGCUAAGAACAAGGAAUUGAGGUACCUAAGUCCUAACAAUUAUGUCCUAAGUCAAUCUAGAUUCCCUUAGUUGUCCCAUCUUAUUUGCAUAGCAUUAAAAAAAGUGAUCAAUUGUUUAGAUGUAAUACGCGGCUUAUAGCCGGCCCGUCAUUUGUCAUUAUUUGUCACAUAAUUUUCUUCAUUCAAUAUUAACUUUUCAACAAUUUUCCCAAUUUACAUCUAAUUACAUGAUUAGUUUAUAGUUUUGAACAAGAUACUUUGAUUACAGUUGAUUAUUAUAGAAUUUAUUUUAGUUUAUUAGUACAAUUUCUUGUUUAAGUUUGUUAAUUUCCCUACUUAAUUAAAAUGUCAAAAUUACAUGAAUUAGUAAAGAAAAGAGGUUCAUAUAAGGGUCGGCUAACUAAAUUUGAGAAUUAUGUAAGUAGCUUAAAGAGUGUAUCUGACUGCAGUCAAGUUGAUAAGUUAGAAUUGAAACUUCGCAUGAAUAAAAUAGAAACUAUAUAUAAUGAGUUUGAUGAGGUUCAAACCAGCAUUGAGUGCUUAUCAUUGUCUGAAGAAGAACAACAGAACCAGUCUUUGCAGAGGUCUGAAUUUGAAACCCAGUAUUUCUCAGUAAUGGCUAGGGCUCAACAACUUUGCGAUGCGUUCAAAAGAAAAGAAAGGUCAUUCAAUCAUGGUGAUAAUGCCUCGGUUUGUUCUGAUUCCUCCUCUAGUGAUCAGGAAAGUGUUGUGAAGGUGAAGCAGACAAAGAGUGUUGUUAGGGGAGUGAAAUUACCUACAAUAAACAUACCCAAAUACAGUGGCGAUUGUGGAAACUGGCUCGAGUUCCGUGACACUUUUAUUUCACUUAUCCAUGAUAACUCGAGUAUUAGUAAUAUUCAGAAGUUUCACUACCUACGUGCGUCUUUAGAGGGCAGUGCAGCUCAGAUCAUUUGCUCAUUAGAGUUUUCUGCAUCUAACUAUUGCUUAGCUUGGAAUGCACUAUGCGAGCGGUAUGACAACACACGUCUAUUAGUGCAAAACCACAUUAAGGCUAUUUUUGAACAUGAAUCUAUUAAAAAGGAAUCUGCAUCUUCUCUACGUGUACUCAUUGAUAUGUACAAUAAAAACUUACGUGCAUUACAAAUUCUCGGUGAACCAACAGGGACUUGGGAUACUUUAAUAAUUUACAUUAUUUGUCAAAAAUUAGACAGCCGUACUUUACGAGAUUGGGAGGAACAUAAGGCCACCCACAAACAAGUAAAUUUAGAAAUUUUUUCCAAAUUUUUAAAAAAUAAAGCUGACUUAUUAGAAACUAUCGAAAACAAUAAUAACAAACCGGAAACUACAUCUAGGUCUCAUACUACUAGAAAUGUCAAAAGUUUAGCUUCAGUUGCAAACCCUACACCUAAAAUUUUUAAAUGUCCAUUGGACCAGGGAGAGCAUCCACUUUACAAAUGUGAUUCAUUCAUACGUAUGAAGGUACCAGAACGCGAACAGUUUGUAAAAACAAACAGGCUAUGCCGAAAUUGUUUUAGAUUAGGUCACACUGAGCGUUUAUGCAGGCUAGGCCCAUGCCGUCAGUGUACCCUUAAACAUAAUUCGCUGUUGCAUCCUAAUUCUGCCCCUGAAAUCUCGACUCCACCUGCAGCUGCGAUAAGUCUUUCAUCAUCAUGUUGCCAACCCGGUGAAGUGCUUUUAGCUACUGCCAUCAUUAAGAUUCGAGAUGCCAACAAUGUAUAUCAUGAUGUAAAGGCAGUUUUAGAUUCUGGUAGUCAAGCCUCUUUUAUUUCUGAACAUCUUCUAAAUAAGCUAAAGUUGAAUUUUGAUAACAUUAAAUUUAAAGUCUCCGGAAUCAAUAAUUUAGUUUCUACCAUAACAAAACGUUGUCAAGCAGUAAUACAGUCCAGACUCAAUUCGUAUCAGACAAAGGUUUCUUUUCUAGUGUUACCAGACAUAAGUUCAUCUCUAAGAAAAUCAUUAAAACCAAAUUUAUACAACAUUCCCCCCGAAAUAAAAUUGGCAGAUCCAGAAUUCUACAAUCCGUCUAGCGUUGACUUACUGUUAGGCGCAGACAUUUUCUGGGACUUGCUCUGCACAAACAAAAUCUAUUUAGGCAAAAAUUCUCCAGUGCUUCAAGAUACUAAGUUCGGCUAUGUAAUAUCCGGGCCCACUGGAACGACAAACAUACAAACAAUUUCAUGCAAUUUUUCUCAAUUCGAUUCAAUACAAGAACAACUCGCUAAAUUUUGGACUAUUGAAGAGUUAGAAAGUUCUGACAAAGAUGCAUCUUUGAACGACAAUGAUCUUUGUGAGAACCAUUUCAAACAACACAUGUCCCGAGAUGCAGAUGGAAGAUUUUCUGUAGGCAUUCCGAUGAAAGGAGAUGAGUCUACUCUAGGAGACUCAUUCCAACGCGCUAAAUUAAGUUUUCUUUCGUUAGAAAAGAGACUACAAAAACAAUCUACACUUAAGGCAAUGUACAUCGACUUUAUGAAUGAAUACAAAAAUUUAGGUCACAUGUCUGAAAGUGACAUAAACAAUUUACACACAAAUUCAUACUUCAUGCCACAUCAUGGCGUUUUACGCGAACAAAGCACUACAACAAAAUUACGAGUGGUCUUCAAUGCGAGCGCUCCCUCAUCUAGUGGAGUGUCAUCGAACGAUUUACAACUAAUUGGACCCACAAUCCAGAGUGAUUUACUCUCAAUUCUACUUCGAUUUCGACAACAUCGAUAUGUACUGGCAGGUGACAUCGAGAAGAUGUACCGCCAGGUAUUAAUCAAUUUAAAUCAGCGUCAUCUUCAACAAAUUGUCUGGCGAGACGAUCCCUUCAUGCCACUAAAAAGUUAUAACUUAAAUACGGUUACAUACGGGACGGCUUCUGCGCCAUUUUUGGCAGUCCGUUGCCUCAAACAGCUCGCUGACGAAUGCGAAAACGCAGAUAUAGGUCGAAUUAUUCGCGAAGAUUUCUACGUGGACGAUCUUAUCACAGGCUGCGAUACUGUUGAAGGCUUACUACAAAUCCGCAAGCAGAUCACUCAAGUGCUCGCCUCCGGUUGCUUCAAUUUAAGAAAAUUCAAGUCAAAUGUUUCAACUUGCAGUGAUGAUAGUUCUGCGAUCAAUAACAACGGUACCGUCGAUUUCAGCGAGCAUGAGCCGUCAAAAACACUUGGAUUAAUUUGGUCUCCGUCCACAGAUGAAUUACUAUUCAACAUAAAAAAUUAUGUUCCAUCUAACGCUGAUGUCACUAAAAGAGUUCUUCUUUCAACAAUUGCGCAAAUCUUUGAUCCGUUAGGGCUAAUAAGCAUUUUCACUAUAAACGGAAAAAAUAUUUUGCAACGCUUAUGGCUUCACAAAUUAAAUUGGGAUGAUCCCAUACCUGAAGAUGUUUUAAAUUCUUGGUCUAAAUUUUUUAAAAGUCUCAAUCAACUAAACGAUUUAAAAAUACCACGACACGUAGUGUGUCACAACCCUCAGGACAUUCAGUUCCACAUUUUCUGCGACGCAUCUAAGGACGCAUACGGCGCUUGCGUUUAUGUUCGAUCAGUCAGCACUACGGGCGCUGUCAAAGUGCAUUUAUUAUGUUCAAAAACUCGCGUGUCGCCUAUAAAGCCAACAUCUAUGCCGCGUCUCGAACUCUGUGGUGCUUCAAUGGCCGCAAAAUUACUCGAAAAGGUGCUAACAACAACUCGUUUACCCUACAGCAGUUGUUUUUUAUGGACAGACUCAUCAGUUGUACUUAGUUGGUUAAAAACUCAACCCAAUAAAUUAAAACAGUUCGUUCGUAAUCGAGUCUCAGAUAUAUUGGAAAGGACUAAAAACUAUCCGUGGCGUCACGUGCCUACUGCCUCCAAUCCAGCAGAUCUUUUAAGCAGAGGAGUUGGCAGUAAUCAGCCAAACAAAUUGAAUUUUUGGCUAAACGGACCUAAUUUUUUACUUGAUAAUGAGAACAACUGGCCAAACAAAACCUUUAAAUAUAUAGAAUCAGACUUACCAGAAGUGGUUUCAGCGGUGGCAUUAUCCGCUGAGCCAAGCGAACGACUUCCUUUUUCUCGUUUUUCCAAUUUGUUAAAACUCAAAAAUACAUGCGCCUACAUUUUGCGCUUUAUAAAUAAUUGUCGUAAAUCUAAAAGCGACCGACUAUUGGGUCCCCUCACUUUAGGAGAAAAACAGCAAGCGUUUAACACUUUAAUAAAAUUAUCACAAUUCGAGUGUUUCCCAGAAUAUUACACGAUAGCAUUGGGCAAGCCACUACCGACAAAGAACAAAUUACUAUCAUUAAGCCCGUUCGUUGAUGACAGCGGUUUGCUUAGAGUAGGUGGUCGAAUAAAAAACGGCAAUUUCUCGUUUGACAAAAAACAUCCAAUUUUGAUAACAUCUACACACCCACUUACUAAAUUAAUAUUCCAAAGUGAACAUUUUCGUUUAAUGCACGCGGGCCCACAACUUUUACUUGCGUCCAUUCGAGAGCAAUUUUGGCCACUUGGAGGUCGAAAUCUAGCCAAAAGUACAGUGCACAAGUGCCACCGUUGCUUUCGAAUGAAGGCACAAUCAACCUCACCUGUUAUGGGUAACUUGCCUAGGCAACGCCUACAGCCAGGUUACCCAUUCCAGACGUCUGGAAUGGACUAUGCCGGUCCCAUAAUCGCACUCAAUAGAAAGGGACGGGGUUGUAGAACUAUUAAAGUCUACGUAGCAAUCUUUGUCUGCUUCGCCACUAAAGGCUGUCACCUAGAGCUAGUGACAGACCUCUCUAAGGACUCGUUCUUGUCAGCGUUACGUCGUUUUAUAGCGAGACGUUCUAGACCAUCAACAUUGUUCUCAGAUAACGGAACUCAAUUCGUGGGUGCUCGCAACGACCUUUAUAAGUUCCUCAAAUCUAAUUCUGACUCAAUUGUGAACUCUAUGUCCGAUGAAGGCAUCGAGUUCAAGUUCAUACCAGCGUACGCGCCCCAUAUGGGCGGUUUAUGGGAAUCGGGUGUGCGAUCCUUUAAAUCUCAUUUAAAUCGCGUCUUAGGAAACGCUCACUUAGAUUUUGAAGACUUAUAUACUGUUCUUGUUCAAAUAGAAGCAAUACUAAAUUCACGCCCCCUAACUCCCCUAUCAAAUGACCCACAAGACUUGACUCCACUGACUCCUGGACAUUUUUUGGUUGGACGACCUCUAACGGCUCUACCAAUGCCUGAAUUACUGCACAUCAAAGAACAUCGACUCACUCGAUUUGAAAGAUUGGAGCAAAUGCGACAGCACUUUUGGUCAAGAUGGCACAAAGAGUACAUCGCGGAAUUGCAGCAACGCACCAAAUGGCAAACCAGCAAGGGCCUCGUUCUGCAAGAAGGAACACUCGCACUAAUCAAAGACGAAGCAUUACCGCCAAUGAAGUGGAGUCUCGGCCGUGUUAUCAAGGUCCAUCCGGGAAGCGAUGGAGUCUCUCGAGUUGCAGAUUUACAAACAUCAAAAGGAGUAGUGCGUCGCGCAUUCAACCGCAUCUGUCCUCUUCCGGGGGAGGAUGUUAACGAUUCCUAAACGUCGGUGCCUGUCAAUGACAGCAGCCGUCAGAAAAGUGUUAGAAGACAGCAGCUGUCAAAAAACUCAAAAUUAAUUUCACUUCUCAUCUUUUUCGAAAUCAGUAAUCACCAUUUAACUACGAAAAUCAAGACACAAAGACAAAAUAAUCACCAUUUAACUACGAAAAUCAAGACACAAAGACAAAGUGAGUGAAAAGUUUUUUGUUUUACCAAAGAUCGAACACUAUUAAUAAUAAAAU